AUGUUUGUCAAAAGACAAGAAGCAGCAAGAAAGGACGUUGAACGUGCAUUCAGAGUGCUCCAAUCUUGGUUUGCGAUUGUUCGUGGUCCAUCACGCUUGUGGAAUUCGAAUGACAUGGAGUCAAUAAUCUAUGCUUGCAUCAUAUUGCAUAAUAUGAUUGUUGAAGAUGAGCGCAACACGUACACAAGUAAUUUUGUUUAUGAACAAGUGAAUAAUGACAUAUCGGAUGCUGAAGUAUUAAGCGGUCUUAUUCCGGCUUUUAAAACUAUGUUGAAAAGGAGAGUACAUCAUAUUGAACGGUCAAUCCAGCACCAACUUCAAGCAGACUUGAUGGAGCAUAUAUGGGAGCUUCCUGAAAACAAGAAUAAUGAAACUUAA